AUGGUGCACCCUGAUACAUUUUUUAAAACUAAUAUGUAUGUAGAUGUUAAACAAGAUGAAGUAGAAGAUGAUGUUAAACUGGGUGAUAUCGAAGAUGAUGUUAAACCGGUUGAUGUUGAGGUAGAUGUUAAGCCGAUUGUUGUUGUUGAGAAAUUCGUGAGAUGCGACAAGAUUCCUCCGCCAAUCCUUCCGUUUUCCGCUGUUCGAACUCCUCCUUCCGCCGACAACCUCUUUGCGUGCUGCACAACCGCUACGGUCUCCGACCCCAGCCUCCGCUUCCGAUCCUUCCGCUUUAGAACUCAAACCCACCGCGACCGCUGCUCCACGGACAUCUCCUUCACUCGUCGCCCUGUAACUUGCCGGAAACCAUUCAUUCGCGACACCAAUAAUAGAGCCAGCCGCUGUGUAGCUCGCUGCCACCCACUAAGAUCUUGCCUCAGGUAA